AUGGGGUUCGAAAAGUAUUAUAAACUAAUUUCACAUCUUCUUGUAGUCGAACAAAAUAAUGGGUUAUUAAUGAAAAAUCAUGAAAGCCGACCUACUAGUUCUAGUCCAUUCUUUGAAGUGAAUGAGACUAACUUUCACCAAGCUAAACGUGGAAAAGGCUAUAGCCCCAAUCCUCGUCGUGGCCCUAGAAGUGGUCAUGACCGCGGUCGAGGGAAAAACUAUAAUCAUGAUGAUCGCCUUGCACCAAAUAAAUCCCUUCAAAAGAAGAAUAAAAAACAGGAAGCGGUGCAAAGAAGAAACCCAGAGGAUAAAUGCCACAGAUGUGGUGGUAAAGGGCAUUGGGCACGUGCUUGUCGUAUGCCAAGGCACUUGGUUGAGCUUUAUCAAGCCUCCCUAAAAAGGGCAGAAAAGAAUGCUGAAGCAAAUUUUAUUUCUGAAGAUAAUGAUGAAUUCAUGCAUUUGGAUAUAGCUGAUUGCUUUGCACUCCUAGAAAUAGAUCCUGUAAUCAGAGAUGAAUCUGUAGAAACUUAA